GUAGGAGUUUUGUAUACAAUAAUAUUUGCUGCCAUUUUAUUACGCACUCCUGAAGUUAAUGCCCAACAAAGAAGAAGCAGUUUCUAUUCAGCCCUAGGUUAUACAUUCUUAGUGAUUCCAAUUCUUAUAUUUCAAGUAUUAUUAGCUGACAAACUAGACGAUGAUAUAAGGAUAUCAUAUACAGCUGUGGUUAGUCCUCUUUUCAUUUCUUUCAUAACUUUAAUUCUGAUGUCAUUCAGUGCCAAAGGUGGAAAUAAAUGGUGGUUUGGAAUGCGCAAAGAUUUCUGUUCCUUUGUAUUAGGGGCUUGUCCACUAUUACAAGAAUAUGCCAACAUUGCUUACUAUAGCGAGAGACGUACAAAUGGAGUUGAGAUGGAGCAACAAAUCGAUAAUAUUGAGGAACUGUUCCAAAGGGAUGAUCUUUUCAAACCUGUUCUACCUAUAGUCUCUAUUGAGAUGCCCGACUGAUAUAAAGCUAUUUAGG